GAUUGAUAUAGUGAGCAAAUGAUUUGGUUUCCUUUCCCAGGGCUGUCAAAAAGAUGAACUCUCUCCUCACCUUCGUUGUGCUGUUUGCUUGGGGCUUGUCCCCAGCUCAUGGGAGCCUCUGGAAUCUGCACAAGAUGAUCACAAAGACAACGGGGAAGAACGCCUUGCUGCAUUACUCCUCCUAUGGCUGCUACUGUGGCUGGGGGGGCAAAGGGCAGCCCAAGGAUGCCACAGACAGAUGCUGCCAGCGGCACGAUACCUGCUACAACAAUCUCCUGAGCUACCACUGCAAUGCCAAGAUUCAGGGAUACCACUACGGCUGGCGCAGAGGCAGCCCCUCCUGCAGAAGGAGCUCCUGGUGUGCCCAGCUCUCCUGCGAGUGCGACCGCAGUCUGGCCCUUUGCCUGAAGCAAAACAUCUGGACCUACAGCAAACGUUACCUCUUCUACCCGAAGCAUCGGUGCUGA